AUGCCAGUUCCCAGCCCUGAGAGCAUGGCUUGGAAGGAAGAGGGCACAAGCCCACCCUCGUGUUUCAUCCAGCACCUGGACCAUCUUGUGCUGACUGUGAAGAGCAUUGAGGACACUGUGGCCUUUUAUUCCAAAGUCCUGGGCAUGGAGGUGGUGACCUUCAAGGGGAACCGCAAAGCUUUGCGUUUUGGCCAGCAGAAGUUCAACCUGCACGAGGCUGGGCAGGAGUUUGAGCCCAAGGCUCUGUGCCCCGUGCCCGGCUCUGCGGAUUUUUGCCUGAUCACAGCGGUGCCCCUGGAGCAGCUGCUGGAGCAUCUGCAGGCCUGUGGGGUGGCCGUUGAAGAAGGUCCCAUGGCCAGAACUGGUGCUGUGGGUCCAAUAAUCUCCAUCUACUUCCGAGACCCCGACGAGAACCUGGUUGAGGUUUCCAGGUACUGCAUGGAUGUGGCGGCAGGCACUGAAGGGGAGCCCUGA